AUGGGCAAGUUACAUUCCAAACUUGCUUUGAAACGCAGACAGAGUCCUGAAGGUGAUAGUCUGGCCCCCAGUGUGCUGACUUGUCAGGGAGAGCUGGAGCACAAACACAGAGGCAAACUGACAGAGGACACACAGUGCGACACUGUGCUGGAGGACGACUCUCAGCAGACGUGGGUCUUCACACUGUACAAUUUUGACAACAGCAGCCACGUCACAAAGGAGGGUAUGUCCAGUCUCAUAUACUCCAUGUCUGAGGUUCUGGAGGCCUCUGUGAAGCAGCCUUGUUUGGACAACACACCCCUGAAGAUCAAGCUCGCAAUAACUCCCUCAGCCGACCUAGAAAAGGUUUCACAAACAGCCACAGAAAAGGAGCAGCGAGCGUCUCAGGAGGCUGGAAGCCCGGCGAGGAAACUUUACUGUGUGGAUGAAAACAUCGAGCGCAGAAACCACUACCUGGAUCUAGCUGGCAUUGAGAACUACACCUCUAAAUUCGACAAUACAGAGUCUCCCUGUCUGGACCCAGGCCAGCAAACUCAAUCUGCUUCUCAGCACCAACCAGUGGCAGGAAGGGCGCACUGCAUCUCCUCAGAGGCCCCUGGAAGCCCCUCAAUCCUCCAUUCUCUCAAAAAUAAGCCAGUGUCAGUGGGUAAAGACAGGAGCAGAGGAGAGGGAAAGUUCUGCAGGCUGCAUGGCCAACAUCCAGCCUCGUGGUGCCAUCCUACCCAGUCUCACCCCCCAGUAAAUAGUCCCCCCCAUCUUACCCACAGCAAGAGGCUUCGUUCCAGGGUGCAAGAUGCUCCUCCGCCCCUGAGACAUCCUGGUUCCCAGCUCCAACCAGGGGAGGAGAGGGAGAGGCCAAGUAAACUUCAUCUCUCCGGUGGGGCCCAGAGACAUGAGCAUCAUCACCACCACGAGCACCAUCAUCAUCAUCAUCACCACCACUACCACCCUUCAUAAACGGAUUCCAAACACAUGAAACUGAUUCAGGGGAGAAGAGUUCCACACACUAGGUCCAGGAAGGUCAGGUCAUUGUCGACUGAAUGACAUGUUUAACGCACUUUAAAUUAACAGUUUCCUCUCAGGUAGAAUAUAAAAUGUAACGGUGCACUGCAUAGGGUUGUAUAAUGCUUUUAUUUUGAAA